CUAAUCUUGCAUCUCACCAUCUCUUCCUAUCACUCCAGAUCCACAAUGGAUCCUUCUCAACUUGAUGUGCCUCCUCUCAAGGACCUCACCAUUGAUAACAUUACCGAGAAUGUUAAGCUAAUCAACUCGCAAUGCCCGGAUCCCAGAUUGAAGUAUAUCCUCGAGCGAAUAGUGCAACAUCUGCACGACUUUGCCAGAGAAACGAGACUCAGCCAUGAAGAGUGGAUGACAGGCUUGUUGUUCCUCACAUCAGUUGGUCAAAUCUGCACAGACGUGCGGCAGGAGUUCAUCUUACUGUCCGACAUCCUUGGUCUAUCACUCCUUGUAGACAGCAUUGACCAUCCCAAGCCUCCCGCAUCGACCGAGGGCACUGUACUCGGCCCAUUCCACUCCCAUGAAGCUGAAGACGCUCCAAACGGCUCAGUCAUAGCCCACGACCCCGAUGGCGAACCUUGCCUCGUCCUAUGUACGAUCAAGGAUACCGCUGGGAAGCCGGUCGAGGGCGUUAAGAUUGACAUCUGGGAGACAGACAGCAAGGGUUUCUACGAUGUGCAAUAUGCUGGAAGGGAAGGACCAGAUCAAAGAGCUGUGAUGAAGAGUGAUACUGAGGGCGUGUUUUGGUUCAAGGCCAUCGUACCGGUGCCAUACCCAGUCCCACAUGAUGGACCUGUGGGCAAGCUGCUAGUACGGCUGAGGAGGCAUUGUUACCGGCCAAGUCACAUGCACUUCAUGUUUGAGAAGUCGGGAUAUGAUCAUCUGAUAACGGCACUAUAUCUUCGGGGCGACCCUUACGAGACUUCUGAUGCUGUCUUCGGAGUCAAGGAGUCACUCUUGAUUGACUUGGGCACCGUCAACAAAGACCAAGCGGACAAGUACGGAGUGAAAGAGGGCAGUAAGUUGAUGACUUACGACUUCGUGCUCGUCAGCGAGGAGGAGUCUCGGAAUCUGAGGCAAAAGAACGCCAUGCAGGCCAUGGAGAAGCUUGGCAGGAGGAUGAAGCUGUACAAUGGCUUACCUGUCCCAGACAUUGACUAG